AGAAAGGGAAAUCUCUCCCUGCAAAUCUUCCAUCUUGCCCCUCAGCUGAUGUGGGCUGGGUGCUUCCAUCUUGCCCCUCAGCUGAUGUGGAGCUGAGUGCUUCCAUCUUGCCCCUCAGAUGAUGUGGAGCUGGGUGGCUGGAGGGAGGGGAAGGUGACUGGCCAGCCUGCCCGGAGAUUGGGGGGGGGGUAUACACUAAGCCGCGUCUGAGGGAUUGAUAUUAGAUCAAUGAUCUCAAGCUGCAGGGAACUCCUAAGUCAUCCAGUCCCAAAGCCCCACGUCGUGAUCAGGAAACUGAGUUUCAGGGAGGAUAAACCCUUUGCCCAAGGUCACACAGCCAGUGGAAGAGCCGAGGUCUGAAUCCUCUGCCUCCGGAUCUAGCCCUCUCUUCCUCCAUGAUCCGGGCUCCCAGCCCCCCCCCCUCCCCACCGGCCCCCUCUUCCCCACACCCCAGGGUCCACAGCUACAACGGCUAUUGGGGAUGGGAGAUUGGCAAAGCUGGGGAGAGGGGAGGGGGCAGGUCCUAAAUGACAUCCAUGAGCCAGUUCCCCCCCCUCCUAAACCCGCCAUCCCUUUAAGAUGCCUGUUUAUGCCGUUUUGGCUUUUUUCCGGGGGGAGGGGGCUCAGAACUCGCUGGUGGGAGGGGGGGCUCCGUCAGGGGCAGAUGAUAGGACAAGUUUGAGUGAGCGAUUGCCUCUCUCCGUUCGUCUCCUCCUCCCCGCCCGUCUCGUCGCUUCCCCACUGGCCAGGUAAACACCGAAGCUGAGUGGGCAAAGCUGCCCCCCUCCCCGCCGUGCCCCACCCCCGAGUGGAGAUUGCAGCCAGCAUCCUCUCUCUCACUCCGGGCUCGCCUGCUCAGCGCACAGCAGCAGGGUAGCGGCGGCGGCGGCGGCAGCUGUUCUCACUCCCUCCCUCCAGCUCCCAGCCGAGCUUCCGAGAUGCCGGAGCAGAGCAACGACUACCGGGUGGUGGUGUUCGGGGCCGCCGGAGUCGGCAAGAGUUCGCUGGUGCUGAGGUUCGUGCGGGGCACUUUCCGGGACACCUACGUGCCCACCAUCGAGGACACCUACCGCCAAGUCAUCUGCUGCGAGAAGAGCGUCUGCACCCUCCAGAUCACCGACACAACAGGUAGUCACCAGUUCCCGGCCAUGCAGAGGCUGUCCAUCUCCAAGGGGCACGCCUUCAUCUUGGUCUACUCCGUCACCAGCAAGCAGUCCCUGGAAGACCUGCUGCCCAUCUACGAGCAGAUCCGCCAGAUCAAAGGCGACGUGCAGAAGGUGCCCAUCAUGCUGGUGGGCAACAAGACCGACGAGGACCAGCGGGAGCUGCAGGCCAGCGAGGGGGAGGCCCUGGCCAACAAGUGGAACUGCUCCUUCAUGGAGACCUCGGCCAAGAACAACUCCAACGUGCAGGAGCUCUUCGAGGAGCUGCUCAACCUGGAGAAGAGGAGGCCCGUGUGUCUACAGGUGGACGGCAAGAAAGCCAAGGCGCCCACCCGCGCCGCCCGCCUGCGAGGCAAGUGCUGUCUCAUGUGAGCCCGGGGGGGGCACCCAGCAGGGCCCCUCGCUUUCCUUGCAUGGUGUCUGUCGUAGGGGCCCGGACCGCUCCUCCCUGUCGGAAAGUGUCACCCCAGCAUUCGCGAUUUGGUCGAUGAGGAAUCUCAGCUCGUGGUUCGCGCUCUGAAACCGCCGCCGCCACCGCCGCCACCGCCGCCACCACCACAAAUGGGUACGAACUCAUGUCCUCUGGGGGUGGGGGGGAAAGAAAUCCCAAAAUGUCACCCAGACCUUAAACGUUUUAUUCGAGGGGGAGGGAUCCGUGACUCGACUGACCAAAAAGAAAUUCGGGAAAAUCCCCACGACCUCCGGCAUUGACUGUGUCGAAGCAUUCUGAACUUUGAAGAAAAAUUCGCCCCCAAACCCCGCAAAUUUGACUCCAAAGUCCGGGACGUGUUUUGAAUAAUGUCAUAGCCCCCCCCCCCCCGCCUU